CUCGAUAUUCCUCCCAGCUCGCUCCUUAACAUUAAUAUUUCGAUAGUAUGUUCACACGCGAAAAGGCGCUAAAAACUCGUGUCAAGCGCUUUGCCCCAAAGGUUAAAACAGGAUGCUUGGUUUGCAGGUAUGUCGCAUUUCUCGAAAUCCAUUUACCACUGCUGACGUCCAUAUAGGAAGAGAAGAUUGAAAUGCGACGAAGCUAAGCCGACAUGUCAGCGAUGCUACCGCAGUAGAUUCGCAUGUACAUAUGAGCCAUUGAAGCCUGCAACAUCUAUUAAAGGGGAGUUCCAAUUCGCUACGAUAGCGCCCGCGGGGAAUCUACCGAAAAACCCGCCACUUCAACCCCGCUUCCAUGGCUCAGCAACUACCAGUGACUUACUUCAACUUCUCCCUUUGGCAUGUAGCUUUAAACCCUCAACGCAGUCUACCACACGCUGGCAUGAUUAUAUGCUUGGCUGCUGCGCACGAGUCGAGCGGUAUCUUUACGAGAUUCCAAUGCGGUCAGGAUAUUCUGAAGCAUUGGAUUCUGCCGUAGAUUGCGUUGCUGCAGCGCUACAUGUGCGUUAUUCCCAUGGGUCGCUAAGAGCCAAAUAUUUGAAAACAGCGCUGAUGCUUUACGGGCGGACUUUAAAGCAACUUCAGAAGGCGCUCGAUGAUCGGGAAAAAUCCUUAUCGACCCUAACCCUCUGUGCUACCCAGUUACUCUUUCUAUACGAGGCCUUGACACUAGAAUCAACACAACCUACAACACAUCAUGCUAGGGGUACUACACAACUAAUACAGCAUCUUGGGCCUAAGCGAUUCGUUACAGCAUUUGAUAAGGCAAUUUUGCUUGCUCAAGCCCCGAUUAGUUACUUGCAAAGCUAUGCGACUUCCACACAUUGUAUUUUCGAAGAACAGGAGUGGCAGCAAGCUAUGAUUUCCAUUGGUGAAGUCGGAGCUGGGCAUACAACAUUGGAUGAGGCUGCGGCCACUGCGAUUGCGAUCUGCUCAGUCGGACCCGGCAUUAUAGCAGACUGGAAAGAUCUCGUCUUGAAUCACGAAAACGAUAAUAGAAGACGUAUAGUAUUACUUAGUCGAGUCAACCAAGCUCUCUGUUCUUUCCAGGAGUUUGUUGAUGUAUGGGGUGUAGACCUAUUGAAGACACCACACACGAAUAACAACCGCAUCACAGAUGGAUUCCUGUUGCAGGAAAUCGUACGUUUUCGUCUACGCAUGGCAUAUAUUGCGCUGGGAGGGCUUCAAAGUGGAGCGGCUCAUAUACAAGCGACGAACGUUGCUCGGGAUAUUACUAUGCGAUUCGGUUGUCACAAUAGAACACCACACAGCGCCGGAGUAACCACGUCACGCCGUCUUGUUGAAUCAGUACUAUCAGCAGCAGCAUUAAACAUUAUACGGUGCGAAAGAAGCUGGCGACGCUGCGCAGUAGUAAAUGAUGACAGAGUACGACGAGGCGAGCAAACAAAGCUAUUACCACAAAGUAUAACACUAGAGUACUUGGCGAAUUUUGGCCCAGAGAGCAUAGUAAAGGACAAAGAGUUAUAUAAGUCAGGUUAUUUUAAUGAUAUAGAUAGAUGGUGUAGAUAAUUAAGUUUAUUGUAUUGUU